CCCAAGUUGAAAGGAAGAUUACCUAGUCAACUAAACUCCCUCAUAAAGCUCGAAAUCGACUCCUGUCCGCACAUGGAUGCUUCGCCCUCUAUCAUUAGCCUUCCGUCUCUCAAGGAAUUAAGCUUUGGAGGCUGCAACGUGGGGGUGCUGAAGAGGUUCGUAAACCUGACAUCUGUAACCGCUCUUGUCAUAGAAGAUGUUGCUGGGCUAACGUGGUUAAGUCAUGGGUUUACAAGCUCCUUGAUCAAGCUGGAGAUGAAAAGUUGUAAAGAGUUAAUGUAUUUGUGGCAGGACAGAGAUGUGAUUCGAGAUCUCACUUGUCUAAAGAGCUUAGUCGUCCAAGAUUGUCCUGGACUCGUAUCUCUUGCAGCUGGAGAAGAAGAUACAGAGCUGCCCGUCAAACUCGAGACUAUCAGAGUGUGGAGUUGUGACAAUUUGGAGAAGCUACCAAGCAAGAUGCACGCCCUCUCCUCUCUGAGAGACUUGACCAUUAAGUGUCCAAAACUCGUAUCAUUUCCCGAAACAGGUAUACCGACCUCAGUGAUAACAUUAAGAAUCACAGAGUGCAAGAUGUUGCAAUCUUUACCCAUCAUAGGAGGAUUAAGUAGUCAUCCGGAGGAACCAAGCAGCAGCAGCAGCAGUAGAAACAACCACGUUGACAUGAUGUCUCGUCUGCAAGUCUUAACAAUCAGCGGAUGCGAUUCUCUGCCAGCCUCUCCAUUCAGCGAGGGUGGAUUCUUACCUGCGACCUUGAGGGAACUUCAUAUUAUGAAUUGCAGGGGAGUGGAGUCGCUGGCGGAGAUAAAUGUAGACCGUCUCCAGUCGCUUCAAGAGAUUGACAUUAGCAAUUGCGAGAAAUUGAGGAGCUUACCCCAGGACCUGCACACACUGUCCCACCUCACUUCCUUGCAAUUGUGGGAAUGUCCUACUCUGGAGCUGGAGUGCUUCCCUCCUCUUCCUCCCAGCAUCUCAAAAUUACAUCUUUGGGGGUGUCCGAAGAUAAAAGCGUUACCUGAUCAGUUGCAUCGACUCACAUGUCUCCGUGAUCUGAAAAUAUCAGGGUGUGAGAGUAUCACGCGCUUCCCCGACGGAGGAUUGCCGCCCCAGCUACAGAAACUUACGGUUUAUAAAUGCGGGAAUAUGAAGCAGCCAGUGAGGGAGUGGCUGACCCCUCUCCUCACCUCCCUUGAAUGGCUGUUGAUUGACGGCAGCAGCAUGGGAGGAGUGCGAGAGGAGGAGGAUCUUCUGCUUCCACUCCCUUCCUCUCUGCUCCGUCUCCAAAUCUGUGGUAUGGACAACAUGGAAAGACUGUCCAGCAGUCUCCCUCCCUCUCUCCGGAUUUUAUGGAUCUCAGGAUGCCCGAAGCUGAGGGAGUUGCCCCCGGAUGGCCUCCCUCCCUCCCUAGAAACGCUCAGGAUCGACGGUCCGUCAAUCAUGAAGGAGCGAUGCAUGGAAGGGACCGGCUGCUAUUGGCCCCUCAUCCGCGAAAUCCCAUUUGUUUGGGUGUAACUAGAAGUGAAGCUUCAUUGUCUCCUUCCCAUUGUUCGUCUGCGCCCCGAUCACCUAUGCUGGAGAUGCUGAAGGGGGACCCUGGAUGUGAGAUUGCUCCUCAAGUGAUUAGUUGGUUCUCAAAUUACUCAACGGGAAUGGGUAUGUAUCUAUUUCCCUGUUCAAUACUCUGUUUUUCCCUGAUGUUCAAUCCACUAGAUGAAUCUAAGGUCUGGACAUUAUUAUACGAUAAAUAAGUAGCAAAGACAAGUUUGAAAAUGCUGAAGAGUUGCAUCACAUCAAAAAAGUACAGCUCAGAACUUGGGAUGAAUAGAGCAAGUUCAUGUCAUGUUAAUGGCAGCUUGGUGCUGUCAAUCCUCUUUUUUGUCCAUCUUUAGUCUGGAAACUCCAGUUGAAUACAUUUACUAUGUUGUGGAAUUUACCUGACUAAUUUCCCUUAAAUCUCUGAUUCUGAUAUGCGAAAAUUACUUUUGCAGCAUUCACCUGAAGUGCCAGGAGCUCACUUAUUCUGUCUGCAUUUACCGAUACAAAACACUUAUUCCCACGCACGCAAUCUUCUCAUCUCCGACCAUACCGUGAUGCACAUCGAAAUCCAUCGGGGAAACAGAUUUAUCGCGUCUCAACCUUCCGUUCCAGCACUUUACUCCCCGUCCAAGAUCAAGGAAUGGUUUGGUCGGUACAAGUACAGACACAAUCGAAGGGGUUUCGCCUCCUGGAUAGCAGCACUCAAUGAAAUCUCUGCCCAUUGUUUCAUCUUGAUAGCUAUUCAUAUUCUGCUUCAUGGAAUCAAAGAUGCACAGCCCUGCAGUCGCUGGUUGGCAAAGUUUAAAAGUUUGGGCCAAAGUAUCUGCUGUAAUUUGAAGCUCUCAUUGGAAGUGGCCCGCUGCUCCGGUCUGAAGAGUUGGUUCCCAUCCAAGCUGCAGUUUGUUGGGUGAUUUUUCCUAGUUCCUCAGCUGCAGACAAAGUUGUAUGCACAGCUUCUUCAAAUGGUUGCCUUUAACUCUUUUGUUGCUUGGGAGAUUGUCAGAAACAAGAGUGCUAAUGUUGAGAGGCACAAAGUUGUGUAGUUCUCCCCUAAUGUGCCAAGAUCUGGCUUUAUUUCUGGUU